UAUUUAAAAUGUGUCAUAUCUUUCAGUGAGACGAUAACCAGUCUGAACUGGAACGCUUCAUCCCAGUCAUUCCACUAUAUCAGUCAGCUGCUGGGACUGCCACAGUAUCACUACCACACCCUGCUAGGGCUCACCGUGUCUGUGGGAGGGAUCACCGAGUCUACGGUAAAUUUUUCCUCCCAGUCAUUGCUCAACUACCUGAAAGGAAUCCAAGACGACAGUGUUGCUCUGACACAGUUUGGAGAUACUUUGCUCUCCAUCUUCAGAGACAAUCUCCACAAUGAUAGGGUAAAUAUUCCUUUUCUUAAGAUGCUCAAUCUGUUGCUCACAAACGGCUGCUUUGAAAUCUUCAACACACAAGAGAAUCAUCAGUUCUGUGUGGAUAUUCUGGAUCUUUGCAAAGAGCUCAGGAAAUCCAAAGAUGUCACAAAGCUGAAUGCCUGUAUAGCCAUCUUCUGUGGUCUGAUGCAGUUCCAGGGUGAGGUUAGGAAGAAGGUUCUGUCCCAGCUGCUCAUGCUACUCUGCCAUUACUUCCCUGUGGUAAGAAGGAGCACAGCGAGUCAAAUGUAUGAGAUGCUGCUGAUCCACGACGAUGUCGUCGAUCCAGAGUUGCUGGAUGAUGUGUUGACCCUGCUGAGCGAUACUGACUGGGGGAAUGACCUCGACACAGUACGGGUUCACAGGAAUCAGCUGUGUGACUGGUUUGGAAUCUGCAGGCCGAGGGUGGUUGCCAAGAAUCCUGUUCCGGGUCCCUGAGUUGCCUGUGAAAUUCAGCGGGGAAAUAUGUAGCGGCAGAAAAAUUAGGAACAGACCAAGAAUAAUGUAAUCAUGUACAAGUUUUAUGUGACAAUAAAGCCACAAAAACAUUA